CAGGAGACCAGAGAGAGAGGGAGCGAUCCCGGAUCCGGCCCCAGGGCAACAUGGAACCCCGAAUCAUCGGGCCAGGACCUUACCGGGCCACCAAGCUGUGGAAUGAGACCAUUGAGCUUUUCCGUGCAGGAAUGCCACAGAGAAGACAUCGCAUCCAUUUUAAAACCCAUGAUCAGUGCUUCACUGCGUCUGAGGCGAUAGACUUUUUGCAUGAUCUGCUCCAAUGCAAUCAGAACUUUGGUCCUGAUGUAACUCGUAAUCAAACAGUUCAGCUUCUUAAAAAGUUUCAAAAGAACCACGUUAUUGAAGAUGUUAAAGGGAGAUGGGGAAAAGAGGAUUUUGAAGACAACAGCUGUUUAUACAGGUUUCCUCCAGUUUCACCACUGAAACCCUAUCCCAAAAUACCACAGUACAGCACAGAGCCAAUUCCAUUCCCUGAGUGGGACGAUCGGGAAUCCCUGUCAUCACAAGGUCGUGUUCCUGUAAAGCCCAUUGUAAUGAACUCUGACAUGUGGUACAAACGCCACAGCAUUGCAAUCGGGGAAGUGCGUGUUUGUCGACUGGUUUAUCGCAGGGAAUUGACAAAAGCAGAUGUUGAAGAGAUUUGGAAAUCGAGGACUUUAUUGCAUUUGCAGAAAAGUCUUGGACUAGAUUCUCUGAAUGAUGUGAUGAAUGUCAAGUCAGUACAGGGAAAACACAUUGUACACAAUGUGUACAAUAUCAAUAAACAGAAUAUUGUGGUUUUAGAAGACCGAUCAAAGGAGCUUCCACACUGGUUAUUGUCAGCAAUGAAAUGCUUAGCAAAUUGGCCAAAUUGCUCAGAUAUGAAGCAGCCCAUGUAUGUGGGGUUCGAGAAAGAUGUCUUUAAGACCAUUGCCGAUUAUCAUGGAUACCUACAGGAACCACUUCUUACAUUUCAGUUGUUUGAUGUUUUUGUGAAUGUUCUUGGUCUUCUGCACAAAAAGCUUGUAGCCAUUGAAGCUCUUCAGGUUUGCUGUCUCCUUCUGCCACCGGAGAAUCGAAGGAAGCUUCAACUUUUAAUGAGGAUGAUGGCAAGGAUAAGUCUUAACAGAGAAAUGCCACCUCUGUGUGAUACCAGUGGAAACAGAGCUCUGAUGGUACAGACCUUUUCUCGCUGUAUACUCCGUUCUAAAGAAGAGGCUGACCUUGGUGAACUUUUGUCCACAAAGCUAGUGACAUUUAUGAUGGACAAUUAUCAAGACAUAUUGAGUGUUCCUUUAUCUUUGAAAAAUGCAGUAGAGGAUUAUCUUGGUCAUCAACGACGCGUUCAGAUAAAAUAUCCAGGAGCUGAUAUGGACACCACACUUCAUUCUAGUGUCACACAGCCCCAGGUCACGCCACAUCAAUAUGAAUACCAGAGAGUAAACAAGCCUCAAGAUCCAUUAAAACUCUCACUGGAGGAUAUUAUCACAAAUAAGCAGUUAUCUUCAAAGGAGAGAAAGAAAAGGCUAAAACAGUUCCAGAGAUCACAUCCAGAGGUGUACAAAGAGCGUCUACCUACUCCUGAGAGUGAAGCAGCACUAUUUCCGGAGAAAACAAGUCUAAAAUCACAUUUAUCCUUUUUUACGCUAAAACGUCCAUUUCAGCCAUUUCAGAGGACCAGGAGCUUUCGCAUGUAGCUUUUUGUUUUUAUCUUGGUGGAUGAUUGGCCUUCAAUUGGCAGCUUUUUGUCUAAUUAUUUCCAUAGCUUGAUGCAUACAAUGGUUUACUGUGGGGGCGUGGGGGGAAUACUGUAUGUAACUACUGAAAACAAAGAACUAUAUAAACGCAAGCAAAGAAGAGCAGCAUGACCCGAAACAUUCUCUAGAAGCCUUAUUUCAGUAU